AUGAAAUUCAAUCUUCUCUUGAUGGCUAUGUUUGCUGUUUUUGCUUUGGCAAAACCUUUAGCAAAACCUCCUUUUGGCUAUUAUGUGGAAAGAGCCUUUCCUUGCGAUGAUGUUUGUCUAGUUACUUGUAGAGAUUGCUGUUGUGCUGCCUCCAAAUGCAGCAAAGGUCCUGUUUGCAAGGCUGCAACGUGCUCGGGAGUCUGCAGCGAAACGUGCACUCUUAUGUGCGGCGAAUGUAACUUUAAUUGUCAAGGUUGCGUCGGUACUCCUCCAAUUUGUAAAUCUUGCACUGCGGUCUAA